UCUGAUGUGUAAGAGGACAGGGUUCCAACUCCACAUGCACUGUUCCUGCCCUAUAUAAGACCUUUGCCCCUGCUGUCCGUCCUCGCACAUUCAGAGCACCACCACUCAGAGCUUAACCAUGAAAUUCGUGGCUCUUGCGCUGACCAUCCUCUUUUUGGGUUCCCAGGCCCGUUUCCUGCAGGCUGAUGCUCCCUCUCAGCUGGACCAUUUCAAGUCAGCAGCCUUGGUGUACCUGACCCAGGUCAAGGAGCAGACUCAAAGGGCCCUGGACAAUUUGGAUGGAACCGAGUAUGAGCAAUACAAACUGCAGCUCUCAGAAAGCCUGACUAAGCUCCAAGAUUAUGCCCAGUCCACCUCCCAGACUCUGACUCCCUACGCUGACACCAUCUCCAGCCAGUUCCUGGAGAACACCAAGCAGCUGCGCGAGCGUGUCAUGACUGACGUGGAGGACCUCCGUUCCAAGCUGGAGCCCCACCGUGCUGAGCUGUAUGGCGUGCUGCAGAAGCACAUUGAAGAGUACCGUGAAAAGCUGGAGCCAGUCUUCCAGGAGUACGCCAACCUGAACCGUGAUAGUGCUGAUCAGCUGCGUGCCAAGCUGCAGCCCCUGCUGGAGGAGAUAAGGCAGAAAUUCGAGACCAACGUUGAGGAGACCAAGUCUAAACUCGUGCCGAUGGUUGAGGCCGUACGCACUAAGCUGACCGCAAGCCUGGAGGACCUGAAGACUAUGGCCACCCCCUAUGCUGAGGAAUACAAGGAACAGCUGAUGAAGGCUAUUGAGGAUGCCAGAGAGAAGCUUGCCCCACACACCCAGGACCUCCAGACACGCAUGGAGCCCUACAUGGAGAAUGCCAGGGUCAGGUUUGCACAGGUGUAUGAAACCAUCUCCAAAGCCAUCCAGGAAUAAAAAUACACAAGGACUUUGCACGCUCAGAUCCUCAGGCAACAGCAAAUGGUUAUGAAAGGAGUGUAGAUGCAAGGAUUGUGUUAUGAAUGUUUAUUAUGUUCAAGUUAAAUAAUCUUUGAUGUAAUAAUGCAAACAAAUAAAAUGCCCUAAAAA